CACUCUUCAUCCCGUGUUUUUCCUUCUUUUCCCCUCUUCCCUCUCGCUCUCUCUCUCCUUUUUGCCCUAUUUGAUAGGGUUUCUUCAUCUACGUGAAUCUUUGAUCUUCCAUGCUCGUCAGCUUCGGCGAUCUUAACGCAGCAGCUUUGAUCGUCUUCUUCGGCUUCCUCGGAUCUCUCUUUUUUGCUCUCUUCCUGUGGUGUUUGCUUGUGGAACCAAGCGGUUCCCUUUUCCUCGGGAGUUCUGAGCUUCAACCAUGUCGGAGAUCUUCAGUAUCGCUGGUGAAAAUGGUUUUUGCCCUCGUGGCUCUAUAUACCCAAACCCAAAGGAGGCUAGCCUUUUGCUAUCCCUCGGCAGUCUCGUCGAUGCUUACUUCCCCCCUUGCAAAAGGACACGUGUCAGUGCACCUACGGCUUUCAGCGUGUUCGAGCAAGACCCAGUCUCCAUUGAUGUGCUGCCGGACGAGUGCCUAUUCGAGGUUUUCAGGCGUUUGCCUGGUGCUCAAGAGAGAAGUGUCUGCGCUUCUGUUUCGAAGCGCUGGCUUAAUCUUCUGAGCGGUAUCCGUCCAGAUGAGCUGGAUGAUAUCAGCAAGAAAGCAAAGGAUGCUUCCAUGGAAGAUUGUGAAGAUGAUGUUGACUGUGAUGGAUAUCUAUCUAGGAGCUUAGAAGGGAAGAAGGCAUCUGAUGUCAGACUAGCUGCUAUUGCCGUUGGAACUGCUGGUUGUGGAGGGCUGGGAAAGCUUUCUAUCUGUGGUAACAAUUCUGCUUGCAGGGUUUCAGAUCUUGGCCUGAGGGCAAUUGGCCGUGGAUGUCCUUCUCUGAGAGUUCUCUCUUUGUGGGAUCUAUCUACCAUCAGUGACACCGGUCUCUUGGAGAUUGCCAAGGGCUGCUCCCAACUCGAGAAGCUUGACUUGUCCCGUUGCCCUACAAUCACCGACAAGGCUUUGAUCGCGAUUGCAAAGAGCUGCCUGGGCUUGAGUGAGCUAACAAUUGAGUCGUGUUCAAGGAUUGGAAAUGCGAGUCUACAAGCUGUUGCUCGGUUCUGCCCCAAACUGAAGUCGGUCUGUAUCAAGAACUGUCCUCUUGUCAGGGACCAAGGAAUCGCAUCCCUGCUGUCAAAGUCAACCUGUUCCUUGAUGAAACUAAAACUUCAGAUGCUGAACAUCACUGAUGUGUCUCUUGCUGUUGUUGGUCACUAUGGCUUGUCGAUCACCGAUCUCCUGAUCUCUGGACUGCCAACUGUGAGUGAGAAAGGAUUCUGGGUCAUGGGAAAUGGUGUCGGUCUGCAAAAGUUGAACUCCUUAUCCAUCACAUCCUGCCCGGGAGUAACAGACAUGGGUCUUGAAGCUGUCGGGAAGGGCUGCCCAAACCUGAAGAAGCUGCUCCUGAGUAAAUGCCCGUUGUUAUCCGACAAUGGGUUAGUCUCUUUUGCCAAAGCUUCCUUGUCAGUGGAGAGCCUCCAACUUGAAGAGUGCCACAGGGUUACCCAUUUAGGGUUUUUUGGUUCCCUUUUGAACUGUGGUGCCAAGUUGAGGGCUUUCUCACUGGUGAACUGUUUCGGCAUUAGAGACCUCACCACGUGUUUACCCCCAUCAUCUCCUUGCAACACCAUACGCUCACUGUCUAUCCGUAACUGCCCCGGUUUUGGCGAUGCUAACCUGUCAGCCCUCGGACAGCUCUGCCCUCAGAUCGAGAAUUUGGAGCUCUGUGGUCUCAAUGGAAUCACGGAUUCCGGGUUUCUACAGCUUCUCCAUUCCACCCAGCUCAGUCUUGUGAAAGUCAACCUCGCCGGUUGUUCCAAUUUGACUGACAAAGUGGUCUCUGUCAUCUCAGCUCAGAGUGGUUGGACCCUCGAGGCCUUGAACCUCGAGGGAUGUACCAAGAUCACCGAUGCAACUCUUGUUUCAAUCGCAGGGAGCUGCCAGAUUCUGAGUGACUUGGAUGUUUCAAACUGCUCAAUCACCGACUUUGGAGUCCAAGCCCUGGCUUCAUCCAACCAGCUCACUCUCCAGAUCCUUUCCUUGGCAGGUUGCCCUUUGGUCACAGACAAGAGCGUGCCCGCCCUCAGGAAGUUGGGUCGGACCCUUUUAGGUUUAAACGUCCAGCAAUGCCGAUCAAUCUCCAGCGCCACCAUUGACCUCCUAAUCGAGCAUCUUUGGAGGUGCGACAUCCUCUACUGAUCUCAUCGGAGGUAACACCAAAAAAGUCGGGUCCUCGGGUAGCAACUAAUCGUGGAUUUCCCGUCAAGUAUGACCUAAGUUUUCUUUUCAUAGCCGGGUUCUCUACUAGUCUUUGUCGGGUAUUCGUGUUUUCUUUUUUCAGGCUAAGUUGUCUAUCCCGCCUCUCUCCCUCUUGGCUCAGUGCCCGGUCCCUUUUUUUUCCGAGUAGAGUGACCUCCGGUUUUUUCCCCAACAAAAAAACCCUUUUUUCGCAGGGUUUCCGUUAAGGCGGAAACUCUGUUCAUAGGAACCGGUAGGUCCAAUGUGUACUUGAGAAUACAGUGGCUGGGUAAUGUAUGAGAUUUUAGGAGGGAGGGAGGAUAUCGGAAUGCUCUUAUUACAGAAGCCUUUUGUUUAUCUCUGUUUGUUCGUUGGUUGGGUUUGUGAGAUCUAAAGAUUGCAUCUUUGGUUUGUUCCGAGUCUGGGGGGCUUUGGCUUUUGUUGCGACAACUCUCUGUCUGGUCUCGAGUUGUUUUUUUUGGCCAAAGAAUCCCAGAUGUUGUGUUCCGUGUAGUGAUGAAUGCCCUGUUGGGAUAUGAUUUAGUGUCUGUUUACAUAUAAAUAAAUAAAUAAAUAAAUAAAAUUUCUUUUGUUGUAUGUAAUUACAAUUUGAAGUUUUAGAAAGAGUGAUAGUUAUUAUCA